AUGUUCGCCAUCCAAGUACCUCAAAAACAGUCAUCUGCAGCCGAUAAUGAGAAGUUGAUGGAGAAUUGCACCCCUAAUAUCCUUCCCUGUAGAAUCCACCAUGAUGGGUUCGUUGAGACGCUAGGGCGUUACUGGAACCCUGUGUCGGAUGAGAAGAAUGAGAGCCUACAGACUGCUUACUUCCGAGGACGCAAGCUUCGAGGCCGACGUGUUGCAAUUCCGGAAGGCUAUCAGGGAAUAGUUGUGCAGCCUACUGAGCGUGUUCUACCGCCUAAGAGAAGAGACACCGGAUAUGAGGUCGAAAAUAUUCAAAUCGAGCAAGAAGAGCCGACCAAGGUACUAGAAAAGCAGACUACUUUUGACGAAUUCAUGGUCUGGGGCCAUGAAGAGGUGCCGGCGGCCGAUGAUGCUUUCGUCAAGGGAGUCGAAGAAUGGUUGAAGAUGGCUGAAGCGUUACAUACGCAACCCAGCGACGCAAAGACAAGUUCCACUUGA